ACAUUUUUAUAUUGAUGACCAUCUAUUUAUAGAGAGUUAAAAUCAAAAGAACCUAAAAUAACCACUCCUAAUCCAUGGAUGAUGAAAAGUUGUGGAGAGUUUCCAAGAAAGAUUCCAUCUUCGAAGCAACUCAUUUCUCUUCAAAACCCGACGUUUUCACACGAAGCUUCUCAACAAAAACUUCGUCUUCAUCUUCAAAACCCAUCUUGACAAGAAGUUUCACAACAAAACCCACUUCACAUUCUUCCUCGGAACCCAUCUUUAGACGAAGUUUCUCGGCAAAACCCGCUCGUUCAAAAUCUCCGUUUCUGUCAAGAGGCGGUUCAACGAAAUGCCAAGCUGACACAUGUUCUACCAAGAGUUCCAUCUCUCGGAGCUUGUCUCAUAAAGGCGCUUCAGUGACCCGAAAGUGUCGUAAUGUGGCCAAGGAGCACAAGUCUCGGUUCUACAUCAUGAAACGCUGCAUUUUGAUGCUCGUUUGUUGGCACAAACACGCCUAAGAUUCACUAUAGACGUGAAGAAAGAAGACUAGGUUAAGUAUUUACUCGUUUUAUCUUUUUGCUUAUCCAUUAAUUAUUAUUAUUUUAAUAUAUUUUGUAUUAAUGAUACACUCCAUCUGUUUCAAGUUAAAUGUAUUUGUUUUUCACUUCUACAAGAAGUGUUGUGUUAUAUUUUCAGUAAAUUUAAAGAAUAUCCAAAUUUUAC